AUGCCCACCGAUCUCUCAGUGGAAACCCUCAUCCGCUCCUUUAUGACAAUCAUCCUCUCCGAAAUUGGGGACAAAACCUUCUUCAUCUCUGCCAUUCUCGCCAUGCGCCAUCCUCGCCUCGUCGUCUUCCUGGGCGCUAUUGCUUCCCUUGCGCUCAUGUCUAUGCUGUCAGCGUCACUGGGGCAUAUACUACCCACGCUUUUACCCAAAAAAUGGACUCAGAUCAUGGCUGGGGUGCUGUUUCUGGUGUUUGGGAGUAAGAUGGUCAUGGAGGCAAGGGAGAUGGAGGGAAAGGGGAGGAAAAAGGUUGAGGAAGAGAUGAGGGAGGCGGAAGAGGAGAUAGAUGGGGACGGAUUUGAUGCGGGGGAUAGCAUUCCGCUUGAACGGCUCGAGGAGGGGGAAGCGGUCCCUUCAUCUCCCAGCGCGCGAAAACAGAAGAAAUUGGGUUGGAGUAUCGCGGAAGGCGUGAGGAAUUUUUGCAGUCUUAUCCUUGGGCCUGUUUUCGUGCAGUCCUUUGUGCUUACUUUCCUCGGGGAGUGGGGGGAUAGGAGUCAGAUUGCUACGAUUGCUUUAGGUGCUGCUCAUAAUGUGUAUCUCGUGACACUAGGGACGGUCCUUGGUCAUACAUGUUGUACAGCGCUGGCCGUCGUAGGUGGGCGGUAUGUAUCAAGUAAGAUAUCAGUCAAGCAUGUAACCCUAGGAGGCGCAGUUCUCUUCCUCAUAUUCGGUGUCAUAUAUCUCUACGACGCGCUUGCUACUUCUGCAGAAGAAUUCUUGAUACCUACCAACCCUGCAGGGGAGCCGUGA